CUGAAACAGCUGAUCGCUCUGUAAACUAAUCCGCGAAUGUGUUGCUUUCAUUUAUUUAAAUUAAUUAAUUUAUAAUUAAAGAUUUUUUUAACGCUUACGAGAAUAUACACAGAACCGGGGUGGCCAAACGCGUAGCCAAAUUUAAGUGAAGAAGGCUUUCCCCAUGGCAGGACUUGCAGGAUCCGCCGGUCGGAGCACCAUGUUCGAACGCAACCAAAAGACCAUUUUCGUGCUGGACCACACACGCUACUUCAGUAUCGCCAGCGAGGAGUACAUAUCCAUGGACUUCCUCAAGGGGAAGCCAGCGGAUACCGGCGGAACCGGAGUGGGCAGUGCUGGCGGUGCGGGCGGCAGUGGAGCCCAAUUCAGCAAGAGCCUAUGGACAUGUGCCUGCGAAUCGUCCAUCGAGUACUGCCGCGUCGUCUGGGACCUCUUUCCGGGCAGGAAGCACGUACGCUUCAUCGUCUCGGACACGGCGGCACACAUCGUGAACACCUGGAGCCCCAGCACUCAGAACAUGUCGCACGUGAUGAACGCCAUGGUGAUGGUGGGAGUGCCAUCGCGCAGCAUGCCCCAGUCCUCCGACUACUCGGUGAUCCACGGCCUGCGAGCCGCCAUCGAGGCGCUGGCGGAGCCCACGGACGAGCAAAUGGCUGCCUUGGCAGGCGGCCGACCUGAGGAGCUGCCACGCAUACCGAACGAGGGUCGUGUCAUCUGCAUUACUUCGGCACGCGACAAUACAAGCAUGAAGAGCCUGGAGGACAUCUUCAACACGGUGUUGUUGCAGCAGAACGCUCUGGCGGCAGCGCCCUCCAAGAAGGGCUUGGCCAUCGACCACUGCCAUCUGGUUAUCCUCAACAUUGUGCCGCUGGGCGUCGAGUCUCUGGUGACCAACCGCAGCCUGCUCAAGAUCUCACCGCUGCUGGAUGUGGAAAUACACACGGUCAGUGCACCGAAUAUCUCCUACAAGCUGACGCACCUUAUUUUGGACCACUACGAUCUGGCGAGCACUACGGUGACCAACAUACCGAUGAAGGAGGAGCAGAAUGCCAACUCCAGUGCCAACUACGACGUGGAGAUUCUGCACAGCCGGCAAGCCCAUUCGGUAACCUGUGGCUCUGACUUUAGCCUGCCGACGAGCAUUAAGCAGGGCGCCACCUACGAGACGGUGACCCUCAAGUGGUGUACGCCGCGUGGCUGUGGCUCGGCCGAUCUGCAGCCGUGCCUGGGCCAGUUUCUGGUGACGCCCGUGGACGUGACCUCGCGUCCCAGCUCCUGUCUGAUCAACUUCCUGCUGAAUGGACGAUCCGUGCUGCUGGAAAUGCCGCGCAAAACCGGCUCCAAGACCACCAGUCACAUGCUAUCCGCUCGUGGCGGUGAAAUCUUUGUCCAUUCGCUUUGCAUUACACGUUCCUGCAUGGAUGAGGCACCGGCGAUAGCAGACGGGCCCGGCGGACGGGUGCCUGAUUAUCGCACUGCGGAGCUCGGCCAGCUGCUUAAGAUGUCGCGCAUGUUGCCGUUAAAAGCGAAAGAUCCGACAUCUUCCAAUUUGUCGCGCCGCCUGCCUCGCUACUUCCCACUUAGUACCAGCUCCACGAUUCUGUUUCACCUGCAGCGGCAGAUUAGUUGGCUGCCGCACUUCCUUCACCUGCUGGUCAAGGAGGACAUGGACAAGCAGGACGAGGUUCGCUGCCAGCAGCAUAUCCACGAGCUCUACAAGAGUGCCUCACGCGGUGAUGUCCUGCCCUUUACACACACCAAUGGAGCCAGGCUUAAACUCUCCAAGGCCAAGGACCAGUAUCGCUUGCUUUACAGGGAGCUGGAACAACUUAUUCAGCUGAACGCCACCACGGUGCACCACAAGAAUCUACUGGAGAGUCUGCAGAGUCUGCGUGCCGCCUAUGGCGAUGGGCCGCUUAAAUCGGAGACGGGAACCAGCCUUCUGCGCUCCUACACGGAAUCACCGCUCUCGCCUGAACGGCUGGAGCCCAUUAGCAGCGGCAGUGCCAGUGGCAGCUCCAACUCCAAUAGCUUGCUGAAGGCCAGCAAGCGACGCAUGUCCAGUUGUGGACAAAGAUCCCUGCUGGACAUAAUCUCCUCGGCGGAGCGAAGUCAGUCCAACAAACGCUUGGACUUCUCAGGUCGCCUGUGUACGCCUCUGGGCCAGGUGGCGAAAUUGUAUCCGGACUUUGGCAACAACAAGGAGAAGGACUCCCUAACGACGGCGGGCAAUUCGGGGUCAAAUGUCAAGGAGGAAUCAAUACGGAUUUAAACUAAGAGCGAUAGUAAACUAGAAGUUUCAAUUCAGUUUGGUGUUGCAUUCAAGUAUUUUUCUGUGAGCUUCUAAAGUUUGGACCAUAUUAUCCUUGAUUCAAUUUCAACAAAACUAUCUAAAUGCCGAGAAAACUUAUAUUUUAAUUGCUUUUGCUAAUUAUUCCUUAUUGUGAAACUGCCUCAAUCUGAAUUCGCUUUUGAUUCAAACUGCAUGUUAUAAACUAAUCUACAUUUUAGCGUGUGUCUAGAAUUUAGUGUUUACUUUUA